AUGACGUCAGACAACAGGGCCAGAGUGAUCGCCUGCCACGGAAAUGAUACAGUCCUGGAGCUGUUUACUGUGCUCUCACCGGAGGAAAUCAAGAAGAAAAUGUCAAAGAAGUUGAAAAAGGCCAAAAAGAAGGCAGCAAAGUCUCAGGAAGAUGCUGAAGAAGCUGCAGAGCCUGUGGUGGAGCAGUCACUGAAGGAUGAAAUUAUUAGACUCACAAACCUCAAGGCCUCCUCCAAGAUCAGAUGGGUGGACUGCCUGUCAUGUGCCGGUGGGGAGUGGAAAGUGGCGCUGCUGCUUCAGAACAACACCAUAGAGACGUACAGCCUGAAGACCACAGAGAAAGUCCCCACAGCCAAUAAGACGGCCCGGCUCACUCUGGGGGGCCACCGCACCGACGUCCGGACACUGGCCUUCAGCUCGGACAACCUGGCCAUCCUCUCUGCAUCCGGGGAUACUGUGAAAGUGUGGAACAGGCCCACUCUGCAGGUGAUCCGGACCAUGGCCUGUGAGUACGCCCUGUGCUCUCUGUUUGUGCCUGGAGACAGACAGAUCCUACUGGGAACAAAAAAUGGGAAUCUGCAGAUCUUUGAGCUGGCUUCAGGGAGCCUUCUACAAACUGUGGAUGCUCACGAAGGAGCCUUGUGGUCCAUGAGUUUAGCUCCUGAUCAGAGAGGUGUUGUAACCGGAGGAGCGGAUAAGACUGUAAAGUUUUGGGACUUUGAACUAGUCAAGGACGAGGAAACAACAAAGAAGAGACUGACUCUGAAACACGCUCGGACGCUGCAGCUGGAGGAGGAUGUUCUGUGUGUGAAGUUUUCUCCGGAUCACAGACUUUUGGCCGUGUCUCUGUUGGACUGCACCGUGAAGGUCUUCUACACAGACUCGCUGAAGUUCUUCCUGUCUCUUUACGGCCACAAGCUUCCUGUUUUGUGUCUGGAUAUUUCACAUGACAGUACACUCAUUGCUACAGGAUCUGCGGACAGAAACGUCAAAAUUUGGGGCUUGGAUUUUGGAGACUGUCAUCGCUCAAUGUUUGCUCAUGACGACAGUGUCAUGUUCCUCCAGUUCGUUCCCAAGACGCAUCUUUUCUUCACCGCGGGAAAGGACAAGAAAAUGAAACAAUGGGAUGCAGACAAGUUUGAGCUCAUUCAGACGUUAGAGGGACAUCACAGAGAAGUGUGGUGUCUGAGCAUCAGCCCGAACGGGGACCACAUCGUAUCGUCCUCUCACGACAAGUCUCUGCGUCUGUGGGAGAGAACCAGGGAGCCCAUCAUCCUGGAGGAGGAGCGCGAGAUGCAACGAGAGACGGAGAUGGAGGAGAGUGUGGGAAAAGAAGAGGCUCCUGUGGUACCAGGAGAGACACCAGGUGAAGCGGCACCAGCUGGAAAGAAGACGGUGGAGACUGUGAAAGCUGCUGAAAGAAUCAUGGAGGCUUUAGAGCUGUACAGGGAAGAAAUGAGGAAGAUGGAGGAUCACAGGUUCUCCUGCGAGCACUCGAGCAAAAAGCUCCCGCCUCCUGCGCCCAACAUGAUCCUCGUGGCCUUUGGAAACAUCUCUCCGGCCCAGUAUGUGUUGGAAGUCCUACGGAAAGUCAGAUCGAGUGAGCUGGAGAUCUCGCUGCUCGUGCUCCCGUUCCCGUACGUCCCUGAUCUGCUCAAACUCUUCAACACUUACAUCGGUCAGGGCCAAGAGGUGGAGCUCGUCUGCCGCUGCCUCUUCUUCCUCCUCAAGGUUCAUUUCGGUCGGAUCUCCAGUAACCAGAUGCUGCUGUCGGACAUCGACGAGCUGCGGAAAAAUACACUUUCAAAAGUUCAGGAGAUUAGAGACACGAUGGGCUUUAACCUCGCAGCGCUGCAGUUUCUUCAGCGGGAGAUGGAGAGUAAAGAAGACGUGCUGUUUUUCGCUGAUGCCACCGACCCAGACCCAGACCCGGACCCGGACCCAGACCCGGACCCGGACCCGGACCCGGACCUGGACCCAGACCCGGACCCGGACCCAGACCCGGACCCAGACCCAGACCCGGACCCAGACCCAGACCCAGACCCAGACCCAGACCCGGACCCAGACCCGGACCCGGACCCACCCGACCCGGACCCAGACCCAGACCCGGACCCAGACCCGGACCCAGACCCAGACCCGGACCCGGACCCAGACCCGGACCCAGACCCAGACCCGGACCCGGACCUGGACCCGGACCCGGACCCAGACCCGGACCCGGACCCGGACCCAGACCCGGACCCGGACCCGGACCCAGACCCGGACCCGGACCCAGACCCGGACCCGGACCCGGACCCAGACCCAGACCCGGACCCGGACCCGGACCCGGACCCGGACCCGGACCCGGACCCGGACCCGGACCCGGACCCAGACCCAGACCCAGACCCAGACCCGGACCCGGACCCGGACCCGGACCCAGACCCGGACCCAGACCCGGACCCGGACCCGGACCCAGACCCGGACCCGGACCCAGACCCAGACCCGGACCCAGACCCGGACCCAGACCCAGACCCAGACCCGGACCGAGACCCAGACCCGGACCCAGACCCGGACCCAGACCCAGACCCGGACCCAGACCCGGACCCAGACCCAGACCUGGACCCAGACCCGGACCCAGACCCAGACCCGGACCCAGACCCGGACCCAGACCCGGACCCAGACCCGGACCCAGACCCGGACCCAGACCCGGACCCAGACCCGGACCCAGACCCAGACCCGGACCCAGACCUGGACCCAGACCCGGACCCAGACCCGGACCCAGACCCGGACCCAGACUCAGACCCGGACCCGGACCCAGACCCAGACCCGGACCCGGACCCGGACCCGGACCCAGACCCGGACCCAGACCCGGACCCAGACCCGGACCCGGACCCGGACCCAGACCUGGACCCAGACCCGGACCCAGACCCGGACCCAGACCUGGACCCAGACCCGGACCCAGACCCAGACCCGGACCCAGACCCAGACCCGGACCCAGACCUGGACCCAGACCUGGAUCCAGACCUGGACCCAGACCCGGACCUUCUUGACACCUCUGGACCUCUGGACUUGGCUUUGGAAAGAUAA